GUAUUUUGUAUUAUAAACUUAUUCUAAAUUUCAUAUAAUUUGCAUUCAAUUAAUUUUGAUCUCGUUCGAUCUGCUGAUAAUAUGCGAACAAAAUACAAAAUAUAUUUUUGCAAUGCAAAAUUUUAGUCACUCGGCCGCAGCGAUGCAGUAGAGUUGGUGACGUUGCCAGUCAUGAUCAGACCCAAGAUGCUCGGCCUUAUCAUUCUGAUGGUCAGCUCGAUUUGCAUUUGGCAUUACGCCGAGGCACUUCCCAGUGGCAGCAAAUCGCAAGUAUUUGGUAAUAGUAAAUGUAUGUUUCGCCGCAGUUACGAGACGAUCGACGGCAUUUCGCGUCAGGAGACGGCCGAGCUGAAGCACGCCGGCACCGGCCUGGAGGCCAUUGCUGUGCAAGGCAGCAUCCACUGGGUGGAGCCCAAUGGCGUCCACUAUGAGCUCAGCUAUCUGGCGGACGAGAAUGGCUUUCAGUCACGAGCCAAGCAGCAGCUUCCAAAAUCCGAUCCGAUCACUGAUCUCAUGUGUUAAAUGCUAAAAGAUGACCAUAAAUAUAUAUCUAUAUAUAUCGAGUA